AUGUGUUCUUUGGUAGGUUAUGAAAAUUUUAGGGGUGAGGUAAAUAAACUUCUUACAGAGGGAGAUAAUAUAAAGGAAGAGGAUGAAAUUUUGAUUUCUUUAAUUGUAGAGUCAGAAAGCUCAAGAGAAGUGUUGGAUCUUUCCAAAGGAUUAAAGGAAGAAGGGAAUUUGUUGUUCAAGAGUGGGAGCAAAGAGGAUGCUUUGGAGAAAUAUGGAUAUGCAGGGUUGAUACUUGCUUGGUAUGUUUUUUAUUUGGAAGAGGAUAGGAGUAUUUUGUUGGAUUUGGCUGCUUGUUUUAAUAAGAGAAAUGAAUUUGAACUUAUUGGUUAUAUUUGCUCCAUCAUCUUGGAAUUUAAUCCAAAUAGUGUUAAGAACUUAUUCGGGCGAUCCUCAGCUGAUAUUGAAUUAGGUAGAAGGGAUUUGGCAUACUGGGACUUGUUAACAACUCAUAAAAUUGAUCCUUCAAAUUGUGAAGUAGAUAAAAAACUUGUGCAAGUUCAGCCUUUUGUCAUUGAAAAGGUGCAGAAAUCUCGUUCUCAAGGUGGUAUUCCAGUUGGACUAGGAAUUGGUUUGUUCUCCCCAAAGAAAAAAAAGGUGUUAAAGAACCAGGAACUUACAGUAAGAUCCAAAAUGACAGCAUACAAUAUUGAGUGUGGAGGAGAACGGUAG